AUGGCGGCAGCAAGCACACCACACGAGCCGAACUGCAUUCCUGAAACGGAGACCCACACCGAUGUUAUGCGGCGUCUAGAAGCUGCUUUUGACCGCUUCUGGCACAACCUAAACGAACGGCUGCAAGCACCCCAAGCAACCCUGCAAACCUUACCAAGAACGAGUAAGCUGAAUCGUCCCCGUGGAGAAAGAAGACAGGUACCAUCGCACAGGCAGGCAGCGCGCAAGACUGGAGUUGUGAGUGGGGGGAAGAGAUCCUCCACUCCAGGCAAAGUAACUGCCCCCAAGCUACUAAUCCGACAUCUGCUGCGGAGGCUGGGGACCCACCGCAGCCACAAGCGACAAAACAGAGGGAGCACCAACCAUCCCUUACCCCAGAGGGACUUAGCCAGGAAAAACAGGGCCCGAGUCUGUAGCGUCACAAUGAUGAUCUUCGCUACGACCCAGGGCUGGAGGGCCCCCAUGCCCAGCCCCUACCUGGCACAACCCAUGGACAGCCAGUAUUCCCCCCAUGUCGGGGUAUCGGCUGAAGAUGGACUCUCUGAACAAGCCAUCCUUAUUCCAACACCAACAUGCUUGAGAAUAAGGCGCAAAGUAUUGUAUGCUUCCUUUUGA